GUUAGUGAUUUCUUUUUAUUUCUGCUGGUACUGAGGUUUUCUUCAUUGCACAGCUGCUAGACAACAAACAGGGCUCUAACACAAGCAAUGGAAGUGGUUUCAGAUACUUCUAAAAAGCACUUUGCAACAUACAUAUUUAUUGACUUGGAAUCUACUGGCUUACCUGGAGACCAACCCAAAAUAACAGAAAUUUGUCUAAUUGCUGUGAACAGGUAUUGUUUAGAAAAUAUUGAAUACACUGAUGGCAUUCCAUCUAAACAGCCAUGUUUCCCACGAGUGGUGGACAAAUUGUGCAUCUGCAUUGAUCCAAACAAACUCAUCACACCAAAUGUCAGCAAGAUCACAGGUCUAACUAACAACAUUUUACAGGGAAGUAAAAAGAAGCAAUUCAGCAGUGACGUUGCACAGUUACUAAAGUCCUUCAUUGAGCGUCAAGAGCAGCCUGUCUGCAUGGUCGCUCAUAAUGGAUACAAUUAUGACUUUCCACUUCUGAAGGUAGAGAUGUCCUCCAUUGGCUGCAAUAUCUUGGAUGGUGUUUAUUGUACAGAUAGCUUAACAGGAAUGAAGGCUCUAGAUAAAGUUACCAGAGGCCAAAUAUCUGGAGGUUACAGCCUUUCUGACCUCUUCUUCCAUUUUUAUCAGAAGCACGCAGAUAAUGCUCAUUCUGCAGAUGGAGAUGUGGUCACAUUAAUUAUGAUUUUUAUGAAGAAAGCAGCUGAUCUCACGGAGUGGAUUGAUGAGCACAGCACCCUUUUCUGUGACAUCACACCCAUGUACACCAUCUCAGAAUCACAGCCCUCUGGGUGCCCUGGGAGAUUUCGCAACAAUGAUGAGGGCAAUAAAGGGAAAGAGAGUUUUUCUGAUAGUCCACAGGUUUCACUCUGCACUUCCUCACAUAAGGCAUCAGUUUAGAUGUAACAUCAGUAAACACGGGACCCAAGCAGCUUGUGCAAGAAUGACAGAUGCUAACAUGCGAAGAGUGGGGAGGAGAGGAUUUUGUAUUCUAUUGACAAUCUCUGAUCUGAAGUGCAGUGCUUGUCUCGGGCAUCGGUGGAUGUGGGGGGUGGUGACCUAGGAGGGGCAACAAUUAUACACUGGUGAUAGAGGAGGUUAUGAUGAGAAAAAAAUCUGAGAGGAACAGAAUUAAAAGAUGCAACAAAUGAAGAAAAUAACAUUACUUUUACAGAAUAUGGCAAAUUCUGAAACUUGGAAAGAAUCUCAUAUUUUCAACAUCUCCAACAUACUUCAGUCAUGUUUGCUGCCUGUAACAAAAAUGAGCACCAUAAUACAGCCAUAGUGUUUACACACACACACACACACACACACACACACACACA